ACCCCAAAAAAAAAAAAAAAAAAACGAGUCGUCUUUUGAAAUUCUCAUUUCCUGAAAAAAAAAACAGAAAGGAAAGAAGAUGGCGGGAUUCUCCACGGCGGCGAUGGGGCCGGGCGGCGAUGAUGCUUCCGGUGGCGGAGGCGCAGACGGAGUGCGUGAGUAAGCUGGUGCCAUGCUACAGCUUCCUGAACACGACGACGAAGCCGUCGGAGGAUUGUUGCAGCUCGAUCAAGGAUGCGGUGGAGAAGGACCUAUCGUGCCUGUGCACGAUCUACGGCGCCAAUCUCAGCCGUCGAUGCGGCGUCCCCGCCGAUCUCUCCGCCUGUAACGCAUCUGGAGCUCCAUCGCCGAAAGCAUCCUUACCUCCUCCAGGAACACCGGGGAAGGACACCGGAGCUGCGGACAAGCUCGCCUCUUACGGCAUCACCACCUUGAUCCUGUCUUUGUUCUCUACGGCGUUCUUCUGAGGUCCUAUACCGGGUUUCUCCGGUUCUGAUUAUUCCCCGUUUUCUAUCUAAACCAUUCCCAGGUUUCUAUAUAUAUUAAAAACCUUAUUUAUUUGUUUCUCCGGUUUUACCUAUCAUUUGAUGUCCAUUGUAUUGUACCGGUCUGGUCCGUACCGAGCUUUGUAGUUGUGUUGUAUAUUUAUGUGUCCCGUUUCUGAUUUAGUCACCGAGCCUGAACCAGAUCAAAGAUUGUUGUACGCCAUUUUGCUCUGAUUUUAUCCGGUUUUAUAUGGUUACCA